AGUCUUCUUCCAGUGUGUGCGAAGCGAAGUUGGCGUUUUUGUGGGAAUGUUUGUUUUGAUUUCGGAGUGUGCUUCCAUGAAAAAAGUUCUUUUUCACACAAAACUAAAUGAAAUUGCGUUGUAAUUCCAUGAGAAAUGGCAUGUGUAAAGAAGGAAACUACACCGCAGUACAGUGAUGAUGAAGAUGAAGUUUAUUUGUACGUGGAUUUCAAUCAAAUUGCACUUCAGGACGAACUGAGUAACCCUAACCUCACAUUUAAGAUUGUUGGGAUUGAAAGUGAAAAUCCGGUGGUUCAGAUAAAUAAUAAAUUCUUCAAGGGUGAAUAUGAAGACACUGUUGGCACUCAUUUAUUCUUCGAGGAAGACACAGAUCACAAGGAACAGGAUCCACUGUACAGUAGGAACCCAAAGAAGAUGUACAAGUACAUGAAUAAGACCAACAAAGUGUUGACAAUGAAGAGAAUCUUCUUGGAAUCACGAGAUGAUGAAAAUAGGGUACAGGAGGAAGAAGUUCCUGUUGAGAAUUCUUCAAAGUACCAAGUCACAAAGACCUAUCACGAAACCCUGUGUCAGCUUCUUAAACCCGGCCAGGAACCUCCGCAUUUGGUGACUGAUUGCUUGGAUGCAAAAGUACGAUCUUCACAGGAAGUUGUUGAAGAAUACCACAAUCUUGAGAUGACUGAUGAAAAGAAGCAUAUUCCAUAGAUAGAGAAAAAUUUUACAAGAAAAUAAUUCAUCGGAAAACAACGCAAUCACCAGAGAUUAGAAUUCCUGAGAGGUGGAAAAAAAAGGAAACAUCGUUUGGUGGUGAUUGCGACGCAAAAUUGGCAAUACUCUUAUCAAAAUUUCAUUAAUAAUUCAAGUGAUUGCGACAUGAUUGCACUGCUAGCGGGCAAAGGGGCGUACCGGAAAAAUCAAUAGGGCAAGGUGCGAGAGGAGAGGAGAGUUCAACGUUCCACAUCGUAAAUCAGCACCCACCCGGCGCCUCCAUCCAAGAGCUUUGCGCUCUGCUUGGAAAUUGUUGCUAUAUAUUUUUGCAACCCCUCUUCAACAAAAGCUACGAAGGCGCAUGACGAACUUGUCCCCCCAAUAUCAUUGAUACUUUUUUGCCCAUUGCACACAUCUAAAGAUUAGCCGUGUACUUCCUGUCUCUCUUGCUGCUGUGAGAACAUCUCUGAAGCUCCGUGUGUGUGUGUGCGGAAAAAAGAAUCUCAUGAUACUGCGGGAAGCUUCUUUGGUGGAAAAAGUUUGCCUGCCGUUUGGGGGAGAAAAGCUCGUCGUGUGUGUGCGCUCUGUGCCAUUUGGGGUGCAUCCGAGGGUAAAUUGUUCACUUUUCCCAUUUAGAUUUUCUCACGGAAAAGCAAAGAAAAAUCACUUCUAAGGCGUGCAAAACAAAGGGAGCACAUGUCUAGUGUCUAAUUUUCGUUGGACUCCCACAAAUAGCGCCCACCCGAUGUGCCACAGUACGAGAAGAUUGAGUGAUUCCGUUCAUUGUGCUUUUGUGUACGCCCCCGGUGCCCCCUAGAGUUCACUUCCCUCUCACGCCAAGUACAAGAAAGUGUGGAAAGGUGAUAAGAAAAAAUUCCCACACCCUCAAAAAUUCCAAUGUUGUGCUUCAUUGCAGCAUAAAAUGAAUUAUUAUAAGUAGUUAAUUACAUUGAAUAAUUUUAUUAUCAAGUUUUUGCUAAUGUUAUUACGUUUUCGCAAUUUGCAUACAUAAUAGAAAUUAGAAAGGGCAUUAAAAUAGAUUUAGAUUUUAGCUGCAGAUUAGAAUAAAGAAAAA